CUCUCAUUGGACCAUCAGUUUUAGGGAGCGGUGACCCACUCAAUUCGCCAGGUUAUUUAACCCAUUGACAGACCGCUCUCCGCUAUUAACCCUUCAGUUCAACAGUGUUUGGUGUCUUCUGCUCAGGCCGGCUCACACACACCGCUCAGUUUCUCACCAUGUCUCAACUCGAGGGCGCCAUGUCUACAGUACUCAAUGUUUUCUACAAGUACUCCGGCAAGGAAGGAGACAAGAAAACCCUGAGCAACGGGGAGCUGAUGGACCUCAUCAAGAACGAGCUGGGCAACUUCCUCCAGAUUCCCAAAGACCAGGGCGCGGUUGACGGAAUUAUGAAAAAGCUGGAUGCCAACAAAGACGGGCAGGUGGACUUCAAAGAGUACUUUGUCCUGAUCGGCGCCAUCACCAUGUUAUCCAACGCCGGGAAGGGUCAGAAGUAGUGAGCGUGGAGACCCUCCCCCCCCCCCCCCCACC